AUGAACAGAAUUCUAAAAUUCAAUUAUCACUCACUCAUUGCACCUAUUGUACACAUCCCUCGGGAAUUUAUAAUGGCUGAUCAAAUAUUAGUAAACUUAAUUGCAAAGAAAUCAGAAACAGCUCCCAAGUUUUCCGGCAAACUUGAUGAAGAUGUCGAUGUUUGGAUCCGAGACAUUGUAGCCGCGUUCGAUAUGGCACAAUUUGAGGAUCGUCAAAAGUUACAAGCUAUACCCGGUUUUGCAGCUGGUCAGGCGUUAGAAUGGUUUAUUGAAAAUACAGCUACAUUUAGUAACUGGUCUGUAUUUUUGCGAUUACUUCGCGCUGCUUAUUCUUCACCUGCUGCGAAACAACUUGCUUCCCAACAAUUGCGUCAGCGUAAACAACGAAAUGAUGAAUCCAUUAAUCAAUAUUUUACGGAUGUACUUCGUUUGUGUAAUCUCGUUGAUCCACAUAUGACUGAUACCUCAAAACUCGAUCAUUUACAGCACGGAUUGAAACACUCAUUAAUUAAAGAUGUUUUACGUCAUGCACCGACCACACCUGCUGAAUUCCUACACCAUGCACGCUCAGAAAAAAUGUUAGAACAGUUUGCCGCAAAUUCUCUUAGUAAUGAACCAUAUGAUCACAUACAAUCGACGUAUCGUGUUGACAAGCAAGUAACAUUCACACCUUCCUACAAUUCUCCAUCGAAUCGGUAUUCACCCGGUACUUCUACAAUUUCGUCACCGUCCCACCAACAAGAACCGUCCUAUGAUACUUCACCACGUGUCUCUCCUUAUUCAUCUCGCCGUUUACCGCUAUAUAUUCUAAUCCCAGUUUUUGUACUCACCAACAAGUUCUAUUCGUUGUUAUCGAUGUAA